CACAGUUACUGGCAGCACCUUUCUCCCAGGUUGGAUCUACGAGAGAGGAGUUCAUCUGGCGAGACUUAAAUGAACUACCACCCUACCUCUCCUCUGUCUAAACUUUCUGUAGCCAGGUCUCAGAUUUAAAAAAGUGAAAUCCUCAGCGAAGCACCUCUGGAUAUGGCAAACAAGACUAUUACAAUCACUAGAGAUGAACUGGAAGAUCUAAGAGAAGCAUUUAAAAAAGUCGAUAUUGACAACAGUGGCUUCGUUAAUGAUUAUGAGCUCCAUGAAUUGUUCAGAGAAGCCAGCCUUCCACUCCCUGGCUAUCAGGUUCGAGAGAUUAUUGAAAAGAUCUUUGUGGAGGCUGACCAGAAUAAGGAUGGAAAGAUAGACUUUGAAGAGUUUGUAUCGGUGAUGACAGACUUAAAAAGCAAAGACAUUAGCAAAACCUUCAGGAAAGCUAUCAACAAGAAAGAAGGCAUAACUGCAGUUGGAGGAACAUCUACUAAUUCCAGCCAGGGCACACAACAUUCGUAUUCUGAGGAAGACAAGUUUGCCUUUGCUAAUUGGAUUAAUAAAGGUUUAAGUGAUGAUCCAGACCUUCAGCACUUGCUACCCUUAAACCCAAAUAAUAAAAGCCUGUUUACAUCAUUAAGGGAUGGCAUUUUACUUUGUAAACUGAUCAACCUGUCUCAGCCAGAUACUAUUGAUGAGAGAGCCAUAAACAAAACCAAACUCACACCGUUCACCAUUUCAGAAAAUAUAAACCUUGCCCUGAAUUCUGCUUCUGCCAUUGGGUGCACAGUGGUCAAUAUUGGAGCCCAAGAUUUGAAAGAAGCGAGGAUUCACUUAGUGCUUGGGCUGCUCUGGCAAAUCAUUAAAAUAGGGCUGUUUUCAGAUAUUGAAAUAUCCAAGAAUGAAGCUUUGAUUGCUUUACUGAAGGAUGGGGAGAGUCUGGAGGAGUUAAUGAAACUGACGCCUGAAGAGCUUUUGCUUCGGUGGGUGAAUUAUCAUCUGGCUAAUGCUGGCUGGCCCUCAAUAAGCAACUUCAGUAAAGAUGUUAAGGAUUCCAAAGCUUACUUUCACUUGUUGAGAGAGAUUGCUCCCAAGGAUGAUGUUUUCAUUGACUUCUCCGGAUUUAUGGAAAAAGAUGACUUAAAAAGGGCCAAUUUCAUGCUCCUGGAGGCUGAUAAAUUGGGUUGCAGGCAAUUUGUGACGCCAUCAGAUGUAGUUGCUGGCAAUGCUAAGCUGAAUUUAGCCUUUACUGCAAAUCUUUUUAACAUGUAUCCCGCUCUUCACAAAGUCAACCACGGUUUUGACUUGAAUCAAAUUGAAGGAGAAACCAGUGAGGAGAGGACAUUCCGUAACUGGAUGAAUUCAUUAGGCAUUAACCCAUAUGUAAAUCACUUGUACAGUGAUAUGUGUGAUGCGCUAGUGAUAUUCCAGCUAUACGACAGGACUCGAAUAACAGUUGACUGGGGUCGUGUCAACAAGCCUCCAUUUUCUGCCCUUGGUGGACACAUGAGAAAGAUUGAGAACUGCAAUUAUGCCGUUGAUCUUGGAAAGAACAAGGGUGGUUUUUCCUUAGUUGGUAUCAGUGGUUCUGAUCUCCAUGAAGGAAACAAAACACUGACUCUGGCAUUAAUAUGGCAGCUUAUGAGAAGGUACACGCUAAUUGUCUUAUCUGAUCUGGGAGGAGGACAAAAAAUAGAUGACCAUAACAUCAUUGCUUGGGUGAAUGAAACUCUGGCUGGUGCAUACAAGAAAACUUUUAUCAACAGCUUUAAGGAUUCAUCCAUUAGCACAAGCCUUCCUGUUUUGGAUUUAAUUGAUGCCAUUGAACCAAAAGCCAUUAAUCCGGAAAUGGUGAAAAGGGAAAACCUUUCGGAAGCAGACAAAUUGAGUAAUGCUAAGUAUGCAUUAUCCAUCGCCCGAAAGAUUGGAGCAAGGAUCUACGCGCUGCCCGAAGAUCUGGUAGAAGUUAAACCAAAGAUGGUGAUGACAGUAUUUGCAUGCCUAAUGGGGAAAGGACUCAACAAAUUAAAAUGAAGAAGAGAUAUUUCAUUUUCUCUAACGAAGCUGCCAUGUUUAUUACAACCAAUGCCUCUAUCAUUUU